AGUCAGGUACCAAUCAGUUGCAGCGUCUCACGGACUUAGACGGCCGCACCCAAGCACAGGUUCUUGUGAAAAAUCAGCAACUCAUUAUGUACAAUUGUUCAUUUGCCUACUCAAUUUUCUUUUCCUGCCAUUUGCAGCUUUAAAUAUACCACAGCAUCAUUAAUUUAUCGGUUGCACCUUGUCCUUCUUCAAGUAUCGUCAGGCAUACGGCGAUGAAGAAAGAUCGGUUCUUUCACUCUUUUUCACGAUGGUCUUCACCGACUUGAGACGCCAGCUAACGGCCUUUGUGGCCCGAGGCUCAUACAAAUACACUCUGCUUCCUGAAAAUGCCUCCCGCAGUCGGAUGCAAAAGCGCGCUACAAGUUGGAUUAAUCAACGCAUCUUCACUGUUAGGCUUGCUCUAUGCGCCUUACUUUCGAUUGUGAUAAUCACAUUUGCGACAACUUUUAUGUAUGUCAAGCAAUCUAUCUCGUCACAACCCUGCAGAGGCUUUAUACAUGAUCGUCACUGUAGAAAGGAGGUUUCUCGUUCGUGGGGACAGUACUCAUCUGUAUUUUCUGCCCCUUCGGAAAUCUCGCCGGCUAUCCCAGAUGAGUGUCAUGUCACUUUCGCGCAACUGCUCUCGCGCCAUGGAGCCCGUGAUCCCACAGAGCAUAAGUCUUCAGCCUAUGGGGCACUCGUUGAACGUAUUCACAACAGCGUGGUAGAUUACGGAAAGAGCUUCAAGUUCAUCAAAGACUAUGAGUACACCCUUGGUGCUGACCAACUCACCCUGUUUGGAGAGCAACAAAUGGUGGACUCUGGCAUCAAAUUUUAUGAGCGAUACCAACAUCUGGCCAGCACUAAUACUCCCUUUGUGCGUGCUUCUGGUCAGGAACGUGUCGUCGAGUCAGCUCAGAAUUGGACCCAAGGCUUUCAUAGGGCUCGAUUGGCGGAUGAACGUUCUAAUGCUCCGGAUACCUACCCCUAUGAUAUCCUAGUUAUCCCUGAGAGUGAUGGCUUCAAUAAUACGCUCAGCCCCAAUCUUUGUCCUGCUUUUGAGGAUAGCCGACAUGACACCCACAGCAACCAGGAUACCUGGACAGAGCAUUUCGUGCCACCCCUAACCGAGAGGCUAAACAAAAAUUUGCCUGGUGCUAACCUGACCGACGAAGAGGCUAUCUACAUAAUGGAUUUAUGUCCUUUCAAUACCGUGGCCGAUGACAAGGGAAGACUAUCUCAGUUCUGCUACCUAUUUACGGUAGACGAGUGGCAUGAUUAUGAUUAUUACCAGAGUCUAGGCAAAUGGUACGGUUAUGGGAAUGGAAAUCCUCUUGGGCCAACUCAGGGGGUCGGCUUUGUUAAUGAGUUGCUUGCAAGACUCACUGGUCAGCCUGUUGUCGAUCAUACUACCACCAAUUCAACACUGGACGGGUCCAAUAUUACAUUUCCUCUCGACCGUGUCCUAUAUGCCGACUUUAGUCAUGACAACGAUAUGAUGGACAUAUAUGGCACGCUGGGCCUAUAUAAUCUGACUGAUCCACUGCCUGGGGACCGAAGAGUUGGCCCACGGGAAACUAAGGGGUUCUCGGCCGCCUGGGCUGUCCCGUUUGGGGCCAGAUUAUACGUGGAGAAGAUGUCGUGCGGGGGAAGCAAAGAAGAGUUUGUUCGAAUUCUGGUUAAUGAUCGAGUGAUACCCCUGCAGAACUGUGGCGUUGAUGCGUUAGGCCGCUGCACGCUGAGCAGGUUCGUCGAGAGCCAGAGUUUUGCGAAGAAUGGUGGACAUUGGGACCAAUGCUUUGCGUGAUACCUCUAGGCUUGUUUAUCUGCCAAGACAUAGACAUAUAAUGAAUGGAAUGCUGCAUUUUCAUCUUUA